AUGAGCUCGAUCCGGUCCAUCAUUACCACCCCCCGGGACAACUCACUGCCCACCGAGUCCGUCUCGCCCCGCGAACGUCCGUUCCACUGCCCCGUGCCGUCGUGCCACGGCCGUUUCCAGCGCAAGUUCACGCUCCGUGAGCACAUGAAGACGCACACGGGCGAGAAGCCGUACCAGUGUCCGAUCCGGUCGUGCGCCAAGCGCUUCAGCACGUCGGGCAACUUGGCGCGCCACCGACGGCUCCACUUGCUCAAGAAACUCGAGUGCCCCGUCCAGGGCUGCACCCGCAUCUUCACGAAAGCCGACAAGCUCGCGCGCCACUUGCAGAACCACCUCGGCAGCGUCGCGCACAUUUGCGUCGUCGAGAGCUGCAACAAGACGUUCAGCACGGCCGGGAACCUCACGCGCCACUUGCGGACGCAACACGCGCCCGGCGCGGUCGCUGCGGCGCGGGCGGCGGCGCCGCUGCACCUCCGGAUGCCGUGUGUGCGCCCGAGUCCGCCCUUUUUGACCGACUAUGCGGCCUGGACGUCGGACGCACCUGCGUCUCCGACCGCCAGUAGCACGAGCAGCAGCAGCAGCACUACUACUACGGGUAGUACGACUUCUACUGCUGCUGCUGCUCGUGAGCUGACUUCGAGCACGACGGACGAGACGAAUGUCUCGGAUCACGAGAUCCUCGACGUACUACAGUGUCUCUUUGUCGACGACAUGGCCGCGGCAGCCGCUGAACACUACCGACUGCAGAGCGACCAGCCCGUUCUGAUUUACCUCUGA